GAAAUAUUUAAACAUAAAACACAUCAAUUAAAAUAGAACAGUGAAAAACCAAACAUUAAUGAAUUUCUUCGAUUUUAUUACAGCGUUAUAUAAUUAGUUGAUGUGCAAUAUAAUACGGAUAGAGUAGUUUAUCUACGGUAAUCGAACGCAAAAAAUACAUUCGAGUCACAUUUCUUGGUGUGUAUCAUCAUGGGCGUAGAUCUGUGAAACAGGGCCACCCAAAUUCUGCAAGAAAAUAGCUGCAUAUCUGGAUUUUGCACCUCGGAUCUCUAUUAUAAAAGGGGCAUAGGCUAUCUAGUUUAUAUGUAGCAUCACAAAAGGGACUUCAUUUAAUCUUACGUCUUCUGGAAACAGCCAAAAUGACGGAAUACAAGUUGGUGGUUGUUGGAGCUGGAGGCGUUGGUAAAAGUGCUUUGACAAUUCAGUUGAUACAGAACCACUUCGUAGAAGAAUAUGAUCCAACAAUAGAGGAUUCCUACAGAAAGCAAGUUGUGAUAGAUGGCGAGACUUGUCUCUUAGAUAUUUUGGACACAGCAGGUCAAGAGGAAUACAGUGCUAUGAGAGAUCAGUACAUGAGAACAGGAGAGGGCUUUCUAUGUGUCUUUGCAGUAAAUAAUCCAAAGUCAUUUGAAGAUAUAAACCAAUAUAGGGAACAAAUAAAAAGAGUGAAAGACGCAGAUGAAGUUCCUAUGGUCUUGGUAGGUAACAAAGUAGAUUUACCACAGCGGUUGGUAGAUACAAAACAAGCAAAGCAAGUUGCAGAUAGUUAUGGUAUACCUUAUGUAGAAACUUCCGCCAAAACAAGACAGGGUGUUGAUGAUGCCUUCUACACCUUAGUUCGAGAAAUACGAAGAUUUAAAGAAAGAAAAGGGAAAGAAAAGAGUCAAAAAAGACGGAAAAUGAAAUGUACUGUAUUAUAAUUACUUCAAUGGACUAGUAAUUCUGAACAUGAAAUGUAUUUAUGUAAACUACAAUUAAUCUGAUCUGAAGCUGAGAUUGCAAGGUGCUAGCUCUGCUUAUAAUUAUAGAUGCUAGCUCCGCCUAGACAAGAUGCUAGCUCCGCUUAGAAAUAUGCAAGUUGCUAGCGCUGCUUAAAAAUAAAACCUCAAAUGAUAUACUAGCUGUACGUUGGAUGUAUCAUGGAAGCAAGGUGGAUAAAAUGUUAUUGCAUUUUAUGACAAAAUGUAAAGAAAGACUACCAACAGAGUAGCGUUGCUGUGAGAAGAGAUACACAUCCAUGAACUUAUCAUUGAGGGAUAUUUGAAUUGUACAAAGUCAAAAUGCUAUUAGACUU